AUGGAACAAAACUUUGAUUUGAUAUAUCGAACGAGUUUUGAAAAUAAUUCUUUUACAUCUUCAAAAUACUGUACUAAUUUAAUCACUAAUCAAUUGAAUGAAUUACAAGUCUGGGAACAUGUGAUUAUAUGGGGACUUGCUCAAAAUCGGGGACUUCCAUCUGACAUUGAAAACUAUUCAAAAGAUGAUUUCAAUGAAAUAUCAGAACCUGGGAUAGGAUCAUCAAUAAGACCAAAAAAUAUUGAUUCUACAAUCAUUAUAUUUCAACAUGUUGAAUUAAUCUCAAAAUGGAUUGAUAGAUUAGAGAACACGGACAAGAUAUGA